CCGGGGAGGCCGAGCCGGCUGUCGGCUUCCUUCCAGGUCGGAGCGGAGCGAAUCCGGAGCCAUCGCGGGCCCCGCGGAGCCUGGGCCGCCAUGGAAGCGCUGCUGCUGGGCGCGGGCUUGCUGCUGGGCGCCUACGUGCUCAUCUACUACAACCUGGUGAAGGCCCCGCUGUGCGGAGGCCUCGCCAGCCUCCGGGGCCGCACGGCCGUGGUGACGGGCGCCAACAGCGGCAUCGGGAAGAUGACGGCGCUGGAGCUGGCACGCCGGGGCGCGCGCGUGGUGCUGGCCUGCCGGAGCCGGGAGCGCGGGGAGGCGGCGGCCUUCGAUCUCCGCCGGGAGAGUGGGAACAAUGAGGUCAUCUUCAUGGCCUUGGACUUGGCCAGUCUGGCCUCCGUGCGGUCCUUUGCCACUGCCUUCCUGAGCUCUGAGCCACGGCUGGACAUCCUCAUCCACAAUGCCGGGAUCAGUUCUUGUGGCCGGACCCGUGAACCCUUUAAUCUGCUGCUGCGAGUGAACCAUGUCAGCCCCUUCCUGCUCACACAUCUGUUGCUGCCUCGGCUGAAGACAUGUACCCCCAGCCGAGUGGUAGUGGUCUCCUCUGCGGCACACCGGCGUGGACGCCUCGACUUCAAACGCCUGGACCGUCCGGUGGUGGGCUGGCAGCAGGAGCUGCGGGCGUAUGCUGAUAGUAAGCUGGCCAACGUAUUGUUUGUCCGGGAGCUCGCCAACCAGAUCGAAGGCACUGGCAUUACCUGCUAUGCAGCCCACCCAGGGCCUGUAAAUUCGGAUCUGUUCCUGCGCCACGUUCCUGGAUGGCUGCGCCCACUUUUGUGUCCCCUGGCUUGGCUGGUGCUGAGGGCACCAAGAGGCGGAGCCCAGACACCCUUGUACUGUGCUCUCCAGGAAGGCAUUGAGCCCCUCAGCGGAAGAUACUUUGCUAACUGCCAUGUGGAGGAGGUGUCCCCAGCAGCCAGAGAUGACCGGGCAGCCCACCGACUGUGGGAAGCCAGCAAAAAGCUGGCAGGGCUUGAGACUGGGGAAGAGACUGAAAUGGAUGAAGAUUCAGAACCUGAAGACACAGAAUCCUCAUCUUCUCUCAGGAUACCCCACUCUGAGGAACCCACAGUUUCUGAAUCCCACCACAGCCCCAUCUUAACUAAAGUCACACACCGGAAUGUGACGAAAGCUGAACCUGAGCCCCAAUCCUCCUAAAUAUCCCAUUGCCCUUGGAAGCACUUGGAAACCAAGGGUGUGUAGGGUGCCAGCCUCUUACCCUGGGCAUUUGUCAUUUUUACCUCCAUAGUUCCUCCCUGGUGCUGUGCAGAAAGGUGAGCCCUGGACCAUUCUUUUCUGGAUAGAAGGAA